AACUCCCACAGCGCACGUUUCAGUUCCAGAUCUCUGCUUCAGUUAGUCACCAUGGCUCCCCUCGCCAAGCCCGCCGCCGCCAAGCCAAAGAACGCAGCCGCCGGCGCCUCCCACCCUCCCUACUUCGAGAUGAUCAAGGAGGCGAUCGCGGCGCUCAAGGACAGGACCGGCUCCAGCUCGGUCGCCAUCGCCAAGUACAUCGAGGAGAAGCACGGCAAGUCGCUGCCGUCCAACUUCAAGAAGAUGCUCUCCGUCCAGCUCCGCGGAUCCGCCGCCAAGGGCAAGCUCGUCAAGGUCAAGGCCUCCUACAAGCUGUCCGACGCCGCCAAGAAGGACUCGCCCAAGGCCAAGCCCGUCGCCGCCAAGGCCGCGGUGAAGCCGGCCAAGGUUGCCGCCAAGCCCAAGAAGGACGCUGCCAAGCCCAAGAAGAAAGCGGCGGCCGCUGGCACCAAGCGCAAGGCGCCCGAGAAGAAGCUUAUCGCCAAGGCCAAGAAGUCUCCUGCGGCCAAGGCAAAGGCCAAGCCGAAGACUGUCAAGUCACCGGCUGCCAAGAAGCCCCGCAAGGUCGCCGCCGCUUGAUCUGAUCUGAUAGCUUUAAGUUUGCUUAGUGUGGCGUUCAGGGUCUGUACAAAAGGAUUCCUCAUCCUCCCUGUAUCGUGGGUUGUGUUCAGUUUAUGCAAAUGGUUCAGGAGUUGUUUGCAGCUAAGCUAUGUGAAAUGAACUUGCAGUUUGCUCCAUAA